GGUGCAUGAACACAAAGCGAUUUAUAUGGUUUUAAACAAAAUAUUUAUCUCAGCGGAAAAUAUCAAAUUGAUUAGUUAAGCUAUAGUUCAAUGGGCAUUCGUUUAUAAUCUCAAUGACCGUGAUUUUGAUGAACUGGAAAUAUUUCCGACAUCCUAAUAUUAUAUAAGGCGGUAAUAAUUUCAGAAGACUCCAUUUAUGUUUGAUUCGUCAUUUAUAUUAUUUUACGUACCUAUUCGAAGUAACCACUUAGAAUUUAACAAUGAUGCGGGGCUUUAUGGUUUUUAUAGCUGUAGCUACUUUUUCUCGUUUUGAUUGCAAAAUCAUAAAUGUUACCCAUAAGUCUGGGGGUCCAGAUAGUAUCAUCGAGAAAAUUAUUUUACCGCAGAAUGAAACAACGGCUUUUUUCGAGACAGACAAUCUAGCGAUUACCGAUGAACGCAAAGUUAUUUCACCACAGAAUAAAACAACGAAAUUGGAAAAAAACAGCACGUCCUCCGCCGUCCAGCAAAAUAAAACUGUGGUCGAACAAGAUAAUUUAAGAACUGAUCGAAAACCUAAGACUCGUCAAGUGCCUGUAGAUGUUCUAAUGGCGGCUAGUUCCGACGUGACGAACAGUAUGAAUGCCGACCAACCAUACUACCAAAGUCCUUUAAUGGUAUAUCCGUUUCCAAUGAUGAACACAUAUUACCCCAGAUACUUUCCGUACACAUACCCAGGAUACCAAGGCUAUCCUUUCUUUGGAUAGUUAUUAAUAAUUAUAUUAUAGUGAUUAGUGGUAUACAUCUUAAAAAAAAAAAUAAUAAAAUAAAUAAUGAUUAUAAAAUCGUAUAAUCAUUAAUUUAUUAUUAUGUAUAAUGUUUAUUUUUCAAUUUUUGUACUAACCGUGAGUAUACUUUGAUCAAAUUCCCUUGCGUUAUUGUCAGAUUCAACAAGUUCCACUUCAGUUACAUCGAUGCUAUUGUAAUUUGGCU